CGAACCGGCCCGACGCCCGGCAUCGCACACACACCCGUCAGUAGCGAGACAGCCAUGGAGCGCUUCGCAGGCCGAGUGGCCGUGGUGACCGGGGCCAGCUCCGGCAUCGGGGCCUGCAUCGCCUCGGACCUCGCCAAGGCGGGCAUGGUGGUCGUCGGGGUGGCGAGGAGGAAGGACCGGCUGCAGGACCUGGCCGCGUCGCUGAAGGCGUGUGGCGCGACGGGCCGCCUGGAGGCGGUGCAGGCCGACCUGUCCAGCGUGGAGGAGGUGCGGAGGGUGUUCCAGUGGGUGGAGGACAACCUGGGCGCCGUCUCCGUGCUCGUCAACAACGCCGCCAUCCUCCUGCAGAAACCCAUUCAAGAUUUGGACGCGACGGACAUCCAGAGCCUCGUCACCACCAACGUGACCACGGUCUUGAUCGGCUGCAAGGAGGCCAUCAACAGCAUGAAGAAGCAUGACAUCAAGGACGGGCACAUCAUCACCAUCAACAGUGUGGCAGGUCACGUGGUCAUCAACAACCCGCUCGUCUCGGUGUCCGCCUACACGACCAGCAAGCACGCCAUCACCGCCCUAUGCAAAAGCCUGCGCUUCGACGUGCAGCGGAUCCCCGGUUUCAAGAUCCGAGUCACGAGCCUGAGCCCCGGCACCGUGAGCACGGACAUGGUCCCCGCGGAGUUCCAGGCGGUCCUGCCCCCGGACAUGCUGCUCCGCGCCGCCGACGUGUCCAACGCCGUGCUGUACGCCCUGUCCUGCCCCGCCGCGGUCGAAAUCACGGAGCUCACCAUCCAGCCGACCGGAGAGGCACUUGAGCCAACUGCGGAGUGGCAGUCAGUAGGCAGACGGCACUUCCUCGCCAUGGAGCGCUUCGCAGGCCGAGUGGCCGUGGUGACCGGGGCCAGCUCCGGCAUCGGGGCCUGCAUCGCCUCGGACCUCGCCAAGGCGGGCAUGGUGGUCGUCGGGGUGGCGAGGAGGAAGGACCGGCUGCAGGACCUGGCCGCGUCGCUGAAGGCGUGUGGCGCGACGGGCCGCCUGGAGGCGGUGCAGGCCGACCUGUCCAGCGUGGAGGAGGUGCGGAGGGUGUUCCAGUGGGUGGAGGACAACCUGGGCGGCGUCUCCGUGCUCGUCAACAACGCCGCCAUCGCCAUUCAGAAAUCCGUCCAAGACAUGGAUUUGGCAGAUAUACAGAGUAUAGUCGCCACCAACGUGACUUCAGUGACGGUCGGCUGCAAGGAGGCCAUCGAAAGCAUGAAGAAGCACGGCAUCAAGGACGGGCACAUUAUCAACAUCAACAGUGUGGCGGGGCACGUGGUCAUCAACACCCCCCACCUGUCCAUCUCCCUCUACUCGGCCACCAAGCACGCCAUCACCGCCCUGUGCAAAGGCUUGCGCUUCGACGUGCAGCGCAUCGCCGGCUUCAAGAUCCGAGUGACCAGCCUCAGUCCCGGAGCUGUGGACACCGACAUGGUGCCCGAAGAGUUCGCGAAGACCUUGCCUCCGGACAUGUUACUCAGGCCGGCAGACAUUUCAAACGGUGUCUUGUACGCUCUGUCGUGCCCCAGCUCAGUGGAGAUCACCGAGCUCACCAUUCAGCCGACCGGUGAGGCGUUUUAGGCGAGGCGACCGAAAGAUCUUUUUCUUUGGCAGCCAAAGGUUUCCUCACGAUUGAUAACAAGUGCGUUGAACUUUCCCUUUACUCCCUCGGCAAAUGAUGUUAUCUGCAAACCUUCGUUGUUGUGUCAAUAAAUGAAUACUUCAGAAACCUCA